UAAAAGUUAUACAUGUGUCUCAUGUAUGAAAAUAUAUACAUUACCACAUCUCUCUCUUUCUCUCUCUCCACUCUACUCGACAGCUUACAGCUUCGUCGUCUCCUUCCCCUUCUUCAAACACACGUUCUCACUCUUCACACAGAAACAACACACAUAAGUAUCUGUAGUAAAACCAAUAACACAUACAAAUUACACACAUAGAAGAGUAGAAAAAACAAAAUGGGCAACGGAUUUGAUCAUCAGAGCAUUCACAAGCACCACCAUUUCCACCAGAAAACCAUUUUCUUGCCAUUGUUCUGCCGAUUAUCUAUCAAAGAUAUAAAACUAAACUACCACCGCAAAAGUCCCAUCUCCACCGACGACGACGAACCCUCUUCCCCUAAAGUCAGUUGCAUGGGCCAAGUCAAGAGAAGCAACCGUGUCAUCGGCUUCCCAACCACCAACGCCGUCACAACCCACACCCACAGAUACUCCAGGCUGAAAAAACUGUUUUCUAGCAAAACCCUUUUGCCCCCGACCACCACCUCCAUGCCCACAACCACCCAGGGAGGCACCGUCUCGGGAGGUGGCAGAAGCGGAAGCAAGAGUUGCAGAAAUAUCAGAGAGAUGACACUGGCACAGACACAGAAGAAUUCAAGAAGAUUAAAUUUGAAGAACGACGGUGAUAAAUGUGAUCAAGAUUGUGUUGGGUUGGUGAAUGUUGGUGAGCUUGAUCCACCGUUGCCGGUGGUGAAGAGGGUGGCGGCGUCUGGGGUUGACCGGGAUGAGGUGAAUCUUUGGAAGAGAAGGUCUAAAGGGGCGGCGCUGAAAAGCUUGCAGAUUGAACAGAUUCAUUUGCGGAAGAGCAGCUCUCAACCACCAACAGUAUGACAUCCAUAUGGGAAAAGUUAGAUUGAGAUCUUCGAUAGAUAAAACUGCUGCUUGAAAUGUGAAAGAGGCAUGCGAAAACGUAAACAAUAUGAAUGUACACUCCCAGCUCUAGCAUUUGAAACUAACUGUUAAAUGAGGACCUUGAU